UGGUGCGUCAGUUUGGGAGACGGUUGACGCCGCUGUAUACGGCACCGCUGAAACAAAACUGAAAGAAGACGAUAAUUUCUGAUAACUUGAACAUACGGGGACAGAAAAUGACACGAAUGGCAAUAUUUUCCCUAAGUGCGACGCUGCUAAUAGCUCAAAGUGUCGCCAUCGUUAGAGUUCCCCUUCACAAAACGAGGACUGUGCGGCGUCUCAUGAGUGAUAAUGGGAUGUCUCUGGAGCAGCUCAAGGCUUUCGCCAAAACCAGUCGCGCAGAAUACGGCGCUGCUGCCUCGUUGACACCGUCCCCCCAAGCACCUGUGGAGAAACUCAGCAACUUUAUGGAUGCCCAGUACUAUGGGGUAAUCAGCAUUGGCACCCCACCCCAAGACUUCACCGUGAUAUUUGACACCGGCUCCUCCAACCUCUGGAUCCCCUCCAUCCGCUGCUCCUUCUUCGAUCUGGCUUGCUGGGUUCAUCAUCGUUACAACUCUAAGAAGUCCAGCACCUACGUGGAGGUCGGCACCAAGUUCUCCAUCCAGUACGGCAGAGGCAGCUUGUCUGGUUUCCUCAGCAGGGACACCGUCUCGGUGGCAGGCCUGGCGAUCCCUGGCCAGCAGUUUGGAGAGGCAGUGACGCAGCCUGGCAUCACUUUCGCCGUGGCCCGUUUCGAUGGCAUCUUGGGCAUGGCUUACCCAGCCAUUUCGGUUGCUGACGUUACCCCUGUGUUUGACUCAGCCAUGGCUGCCAAGCUGCUGCCACAGAAUAUCUUCUCUUUCUACAUAAACAGAGACCCGACAGCAGCCGUGGGAGGGGAACUGGUGCUGGGAGGAACUGAUCCCCAGUACUACAGUGGAGACCUGCACUACGUCAACGUCACGCGGAAGGCCUACUGGCAGAUUCAGAUGAACAGUGUUGAAGUUGGCAACCAGCUAACUUUGUGCAAGGCUGGCUGCCAGGCAAUUGUUGACACGGGAACAUCUCAGAUCAUUGGUCCUGUGGAGGAGAUCAGAGCGCUAAACAAAGCCGUUGGAGGCUUGCCUUUGCUUAUGGGAGAGUACUUGAUUGACUGUAAGAAGAUCCCAACUCUCCCUGUUGUCUCCUUCAACAUAGGAGGAAAGAUGUUAAACCUGACAGGGAAUGACUAUGUCAUAAAGGAGUCUCAGUUGGGUACAACAAUCUGUCUGUUGGGCUUCAUGGCCAUGGAUAUACCACCUCCUGCAGGCCCGCUGUGGAUCCUGGGAGAUGUGUUCAUCGGGAAGUACUACACUGUGUUUGACAGGGACGCCGACCGCGUGGGGUUCGCCCCUGCCAAAUAAAGACAGGAGGAAGUCUGUAGUGACUCUGUCUUGUUUGAUUUAGAGCUGCUUCUUGUUUUUUGUGGUAACCUGAGCCGAUAGAGCAAGCAAAGCUAAAUCGCUUUCAGUACGUGUUAUCUCAUUUUGUGCUUGCUAUCCAAAGGGGUUCUGCUGUUGUAUCUGGUCUCUGGAGUGCUCGAAGGUCAAUUUUAGCUGCACAACAUCUCAGUCUUGGACAGGAUAUUCAUUUGUAAUGGAGAAAGCAAGGCAAAACAAAAUACUAAGACGAUGAUCUGUUACCGCAUAUUUGACAUGAGUUCAGAUGCCUUUCCCUAAAGACCAAAGUGUUAAGUUGGUUCCUGAUUUUUGUCUGUGAAAACUGAAAUUUUUUUUCCCCUUUUUUGGUCCUUCAAAGGACAAAGUCCAAAUGGUUACACUGAAUUAACUGCUUUUUUGUAUGCCUGAAACGUGUUUUGAGUGAUGAGCGAGAUGUUUCAAGUGUCUUUAAGUGGACAUAUGGUCUUUAAGUGGCAGUUGAGUGUAUGGCCUUUUGUUGCUUGCCAUUUAAUGAUCGCAUCAUCUUCCUCCUACAAAACCAAGGUAUGAAUUUGUUAUGACUUUUUCAAUAAAUCAGAAGACUGACAAUACACUGAA